UGCAGAGCCUGUGUCCCUCGUGUUGUUUUUUUGGUUUUUUUGACCAGUCGUCAUCCGAGGUGCACGCAAGCGCAAACCCCGCGUUGGAAAAUGGCGGGCAAGUUGGAGCCUUUGAAAAUGGAGGCCCCCGAAGUCGUAGAGGAGGCUGAGGAGGCUGAAGGGCAGACCAAGUCUUUGAAGAUGACUGAAGACCUGCUGGCAAUGGUGAAAAAGCUGCAGAAAGAGGGAAGCCUGGAGCCACAGAAUGAAGACCUGAUUAACCGGAUUAAUGAGCUUCAGCAAGCAAAGAAGAAAUCCAGUGAGGAACUGGGAGAAGCCCAAGCUCUCAGGGAGACCCUGCAUAAGGAACUGGACUCCUUGAAUGGAGAGAAAGUGCACCUAGAGGAGGUCUUGAGCAAAAAGCAAGAGGCACUGAGGAUCCUCCAGCUGCACUGCCAAAGGAAGGAAAGUGGAGCUCAGAAGUUGCACGUUGACGAACAACUGGAGAAUUUGAUGGGCCAGCACAAGGACCUCUGGGAAUUCCACAUGUUGAAGCAGCGGCUGGCCCGGGAAAUAUGUGCCCUGCAGAGCAGCAAGGAGCAGUUGCUCACUGAAGAGAAACUGGCGCGGGCCAAGCUAGAGGAGGUGGAGCGGCAGCUGAGCUCGGGGCGCUCCCUGGCGGUGAACGAUGGGCUGAAGGCGGAGCUGGAGCAAUUCGGGGGACAGGGUCCUGCCCUAAUCCAUUGCACCCCAAAGGACGGGGCCUGCAAAGGAGAGGAUACAGGUGAAUUAAAUAAAAACUUUUGCGAAGUGCUGCAUAGAAACUUUUCUACCAAAGUCAAAGCAAGUUUGAAGCUAAAGAAUGAAGAAAUGGUUCCUAUUUUUGAUGGGACUUCCGUCUACAGCAAUCAUGCUGAGAAAUCCCAAAGUCGGGUCAACUAA